UUACCUAAAGGAGUUCAAAGGGAGUAAGCGAUGGCUGAUAUUUCUGGAAGGCGGUUGGUGCUGUUACAACAAAGACUCCUGCGAUAMCAGAUAUAAAAAUAUCCCACGACUCAUGACCUCAUCCGACUGGCCCCAAACGCGCAAAGGAAGUGGAAUAUUGUCAGCCCAGGCRGAAGAAAACCCUCAUUGGUAUAACACUAAUAUUGUAUUCAUCCCGUACUGCUCCAGCGACGUGUGGAGUGGCACAGGGCCCACAGCCACCAAGGAGAAGAGAGGCCCAGGAAAAGAGAAGGAGAAAGAUGCCAUUGAGUAUACCUUCAUGGGUUCCCUGAUCAUCCGUGAGGUCAUCAAAGACCUAGUCCCUAAAGGCAUCAAACAGGCCAAGGUUGUCAUGCUGGCUGGCACAAGUGCUGGAGGGACGGGAGUGCUACUCAACAUUGAGAGGGUGUCCAGUCAGCUGGAGCAGCUGGGGGCAGAGGCCCAGGUUCGAGGCCUGGUGGAUUCGGGCUGGUUUCUGGAGAGUAAACAGCAGAGGGUUCCUGACUGCCCAGACAGUGUCUCCUGCUCACCUGUAGACGCCAUCAAGAGAGGACUCAAGCUGUGGAACGGGGUGGUCCCAGACAAGUGUCGGCAGCAGUACAAGAAAGGAGAGGAGUGGCAGUGCUUCUUCAGCCACAAACUCUACUCCUCCCUGACCUCCCCUGUGUUUGUGGUGCAGUGGCUGUUUGAUGAGGAGCAGUUGAGAGUGGAGAAUAUCUACCUGGGUCAGACCCUGUCAGAACAGCAGUGGACCUACAUGCAGAACCUGGGAAAGGAUAUCAAGAACUCACUCAAAGAUGUCACGGCUGUGUUCGCACCCUCCUGCCUGUCCCACACAUUGAUCACUAAAAGUAACUGGAUGACGUUUCAAGUCAAAGGCACCUCCCUGCCCCGGGCUCUGCAGUGCUGGGAUAAGAGUUUCCAAGAAGCCAACCGUAACAGCAAGACCCCCCUGAAGGGCUGUCCCUUCCACCUGAUCGACACCUGCCACUGGCCCCAGUGCAACCCCACCUGCCCAGCCUUGGUGGACCAGGCCACCCAGCAGGAGCUCACCCUGCUCCAGAUGUUAGUGGGCAUGGGCCUUGACCUCCAGAAACUAGGCCUGGACCUCAGGAGGGACAGUAGCUCUAUAACUAGCAUGGUCAGUAACGGUGGCUAAGAYAAGGAGUAUAGAAGCCCACUCUCUGGCUUAGUAAAGGGAAAUUUUKUAUGAGUUAUGACGUAACCAUGAAAGGUACAGAAUCUGGUUACUUCUCUUGUGCCGCUCAGCCAUUCCAUUGUGCUCCACUGUUACCAUGCCGUCUUGACCGGUGGGUAUGUCACUGGGCUUACAGUAUGUCUGUYUGUAACGUUACAGUUUGCCUCCAGGAUCCCUCUCCUGGACAGUUUAAAGAGGGGAGGGGAGUGAUUCCAGUUUACCUCUGGGUUGUGUCUCACAUUUGAUUUGGUUCAAGGGAGAACGAGGAGUGCCAGGUACCUGUAGCUAACCAGUCAGACACCAAACCUGCAACACACUUUCACCCAACUACAUGUACUAUACAAAACUUCAACAACAUUUUGUGAAGUGAAACGUACYKCUUUUGAGGAUUUUUGAAUAAGCUAUUGGCACAUUUUAUCAUCUUGCCAACAUAGGACUGGUACAGUAUUCAGAGGAAAUGUACAUUUUAAUGUAGAUGGUUGAUUGGAAGGAUAUAUUAUAUGAGUCUGCUAUUUUAGAUCCAUGUCCAAGCUCAAACACUGCCAGAGAAUGAAGGACUGUCUUGCAAGGACACUUGCAGUGCCUAGACCAUUCUCUAACUUUUAUUGAAUGUGUUUCUACACACACACACACAACACACACACACACACACACACACACACACACACACACACACACAACACACACACAACAGCCUACAGUUUAUAUUUCCCACAUUUCUACUGCUGCUGCAAUUACAACGUUGACUUUUUAGAUAUAUAAAUAUAUAUUUGAUAUGCAUGUGAAGUAAGGGAUGUUUGAUCUUGCAAAAGUGGCCCAAAUGAAGAGUAAUUGUCAUACUUUAUAAUAUUGUAUAUUAUCAAGAGAAGGUCGUGACCAUCUCUUCUUUCUUUGAGUUUACCGUGAAGUGUGUUUGAACCUAUUGUAUCUUCCCAUGGACCCUUUUAAGUGAUGUUUCCUCUUCAAAAACACUGUAGUCGAUA